GUUACAAUUUGUUGUUUCAUUUUUUCAGAAAAUUAUAUAUUUCGAAUUACAAAUUUAUUUUUGUCAAGUCGAAUUUCAACAUGAGUGACUCAAGGUACUUUACAACGACCAAGAAAGGUGAAAUCUUCGAACUGAAGGCGGAUUUAAACAGCGACAAAAAAGAAAAAAAGAAGGAAGCUGUGAAAAAAGUCAUUGCCAGUAUGACAGUAGGAAAAGAUGUGAGUGCUCUGUUCCCUGAUGUUAUCAACUGCAUGCAAACGGACAACCUUGAAUUGAAGAAGCUUGUGUAUUUGUACCUCAUGAAUUAUGCUAAGAGUCAACCAGAUAUGGCUAUCAUGGCUGUCAACACAUUUGUGAAGGAUUGUGAUGACCCUAAUCCAUUGAUCAGAGCACUUGCUGUUAGGACCAUGGGAUGCAUACGAGUUGAUAAAAUAACAGAAUAUCUGUGUGAACCACUGAGAAAAUGCCUUAAGGACGAAGACCCUUAUGUAAGAAAGACAGCAGCAGUUUGUGUUGCAAAGCUUUAUGACAUAAACAAUCAGAUGGUUGAAGAACAAGGUUUCCUUGAUGCUUUGAAGGACCUGUUAUCGGACUCCAACCCGAUGGUCGUGGCAAACGCUGUUGCUUCACUCUCGGAAAUCGGAGAGAGCUCGACACGGGCAGCAGACCUGGUUAACUUCAUGAACACACAAACAAUCAAUAAGCUGUUGACUGCUCUCAAUGAAUGCACGGAGUGGGGCCAGAUAUUUAUACUUGAUGCGCUCGCUAACUACAACCCAGAAGAUACAAGAGAAGCACAAAGCAUUUCUGAGAGAGUAACACCACGCCUCCAACAUGCAAAUUCUGCUGUUGUGCUUUCUGCUGUUAAAGUUUGCAUGAAGUUGCUCGAACUGAUGGAUUCGGACAAAGAUUAUCAAGGCACCUUGUUGAAAAAGUUGGCUCCACCACUGGUGACUCUUCUAUCUGCUGAACCAGAGAUACAAUAUGUGGCGUUAAGGAACAUAAAUCUCAUCGUGCAAAAACGCCCAACAGUUUUAAAACACGAGAUGAAAGUAUUUUUCGUAAAAUACAACGAUCCAAUUUAUGUGAAACUUGAAAAGCUUGACAUCAUGAUUCGACUCGCUUCGCAAUCUAAUAUUGCUCAGGUUCUUGCCGAGCUAAAGGAAUAUGCGCAGGAGGUUGAUGUUGAUUUUGUUCGAAAAUCUGUUCGUGCUAUUGGCAGAUGUGCAAUCAAAGUUGAGCAAUCAUCGGAGCGAUGUGUGAGCACCCUACUUGAUCUAAUUCAAACCAAGGUCAACUAUGUGGUACAAGAAGCCAUUGUUGUGAUCAAGGAUAUUUUCCGUAAAUACCCAAACAAAUACGAAAGCAUUAUCGCCAACCUGUGUGAAAACCUGGACACCCUUGAUGAGCCAGAGGCCCGUGCAUCUAUGAUAUGGAUAGUGGGGGAAUAUGCAGAGAGAAUCGACAAUGCUGACGAGUUGCUUGAAAGUUUCCUGGAAGGUUUCCAUGAUGAAAAUACACAGGUUCAGCUCCAAUUAUUGACAGCCAUUGUGAAACUUUUCUUAAAGAAGCCAACUGAAACCCAAGAACUUGUUCAAUCUGUACUUAGUCUGGCUACACAGGACAGCGACAACCCUGACUUGCGAGACAGAGGGUAUAUUUACUGGAGACUUCUCUCUACAGACCCUGCAGCUGCUAAGGACGUAGUUCUUGCUGAAAAGCCUCUGAUUUCCGAAGAGACCGACCUGAUUGAGCCCACCCUUCUAGAUGAGUUGAUAUGUCAUAUAGCAUCACUUGCUUCUGUAUAUCAUAAACCACCAAGCUCAUUUAUUGAGGGCGAACGUGGCGUAGCGGCCAUGCGCAAGUCACUUCAUAAAGCAAUGACCCCAGAAGGUGGCGCUGUGGAGGCAGAUGUAGCUUCACCCACCCAAGCACCCCAGGUUAUUCCUGCCCAAGACGCAAUGGUCAGUGACCUGCUUGGGUUAGACCUGGGCCCCGCUAUCGUACAAACCCCAAUGGCUGCCCCGAUCGCUUCCAACCCCAUGGACCAACUUGGGGGGCUUGACUAUCUGAUGGGUGGGCCCACCCCAAUGAUGGGGGGUCCAGCCCCAGGAGCCCCAAUGGCGAACCCCAUGACCAACCCCAUGGGGGCACCACCAGCGCAAGGUAUGGACAAUUCACUUCUGGGUUUAGAUUUCUCGCAGCCCGGAGGCUCUUAUGCAGCUCCCAAGCAGAUCUGGCUUGCUGCAACUGCUGCCAAAGGUUUGGAACUCAAAGGAACUUUUCAACGAAGACAGAAAGAAAUCUUCAUGGACCUCACCUUCACUAACAGAGCCAUGCAGCCAAUGACUGGAUUUGCAAUUCAAUUUAACAAGAACAGUUUCGGUCUUGCCCCCAACAUACCCCUUAACGUACCCAUGGUUCAUCAAAAUCAAAGUUUUGAUGUUUCUUUGCCACUAAACUCAAACGGAGCUGUUCAAAAGAUGGAACCACUCAAUAACCUACAGGUUGCUGUGAAGAACAACUUUGAUGUGUUUUACUUUUCAACAUUGGUCCCAACCCAUAUAUUGUUCUUGGAGCAAGGAGAAAUGGAUCGCAAAGUUUUCCUCACGACAUGGAAGGACAUCCCACCGACACACGAGAAGUCGUUUUCGCUCGAUAAUUUGGGUUCCGUGCCCAACAUCAACACUUCCGUCAUAAUUGAUAAGUUGAAAUCAAACAAUGUCUUCAUGAUCGCAAAGCGCACAGUUGAGGGCAAAGAUAUGGUCUACUUAUCAUUGCAACUACCCCGGGAUAUAUGGGUACUUAUGGAGCUUAAAGUCACACCAGGGGUUCCCACAACAUACAAUAUGGCGUACAAGUGCAGACAGGUUCAAGUGUCACCGUUAAUUCAUGCCAGCAUUGACGCAAUCUGCCGAAACUAAUUAUAUAUGAUUUCCAUGUUCUAUCAUGUAAGGUUCAUUGACCCAAUAUACAGAGGUUACUCUAGGUCAUAAUUUACUAAUGAACGUAAAUAAACAAACACCAAAACUGCUGCUUAGUUUUAAAAAAGUCCAAUUUUUAGUUGAUGGUAAAAUUAUAAAAAAAUGAAAUUAUUAAUUUUUUUUCCAAAAAAAAUGUUGAAAAAUUUCCCUAACAUGAUCAUUUCACAGUUUAACCUGUUCCUAUACACUAAGGGUGGCUUCAUACAUUAUUACAUUAAUCCCCCAAGCAAAUAUAUGGGGUUUCCAAAUCAUACGACGUCAUUUUCUGUGUAGCGCAUUUCCUAUUAUUACGUCACAAUUCAUUUUUCGAAUCGCCAAGUCUCUAGCGCCAACUACCGACGCAUGGUGGACCAAUUUAGUCAUUCGUCUCGUCAAAGUAAUAUAGUGCUUAUUAUCUGUAAUAAAUAUAUCCAUAUAUA